AUGGAACUGCCUAGUCUUCCUGAAAAUCAUUAUGUAUUGGCUUCUAUUUAUAACAAUAUAGCUAGUGCAUAUUAUUCAAUGGGAAAGUUCACAGAUGCGCUGUCUUAUUAUACAAAAGUGCUUCAAAUUGAACAAAAGUCUCUUCCUGCCGAUCAUUCUAUGUUAGCUACUAAUUAUAAUAACAUAGGAUCAGUUCAUAAUUCAAUGGACAAUUACACAUUAGCACAUGAGUUCUAUGAAAAGACACUUGCAAUUCGAGAAAAAACUUUACCCAAUAAUCAUCCGGAUAUGGGUAGUAUCUACAAUAAUAUUGGAUCGAUUUAUUAUUCGUUAGGUGACGAUCAAAUUGCACUUUCAUUCUAUCAAAAAACUCUCCAAAUUCAAGAACAUGCUCUUCAUCCUAAGCAUGUCGAUCUAGCUAUUAGUUAUGGUAAUAUUGGUACAAUUUAUAAUUCAAUGGGAGAUCACCAAAAAGCACUUGAAUAUCAUGACAAAUCGCUUGAACUUCGAAAAGCAUCGCUUCCAUCAAAUCAUCCUAACAUAGCUAUGAGUUACAACAACAUUGAUUCAGUAUAUAAUUCAAUGGAAGAUUAUCAGACUGCAUUAUCAUUUUUUCAAAAAGCACUCGAAAUCCGCGAUACAUCACAUGCAGACCAUCAUAUCGGUUUUGCUACUACUUUUAACAACAUUGGCUCGAUCUAUAAAUCAAUGGGUGAUAAAGUAGCUGCUAAAUUAAAUUAUGCGAAAGCAUUUGAUAUUCGUCAGCAUUUUCUUAGUGAAAAUCAUCCCGAUUUGGCUAAUAGCUAUAAUAAUCUUGAUACAAUUUACAGUUCGAUCGGAGACAAAUGGAUAGAAUUUGAUUAUUAUCAAAAGACACUUGAAAUUCAACAAAAAUGUCUUUCAAAGUAUCAUCCAAGUAUAAUACAAACUUACAAUAAUAUUGGUUUGCUCCGCAGUUCGAUGAACGAUUAUUCGAAAGCAUUAUCAUCGUAUGAAAAAGCACUAUCGAUUCAACAAAACUCGAAGUCCAUGAAGUAG